CCGCAUAUACGAUCUUCCAACUGCGGCCGGUCGCAAGAUUUUGUGCUUGAGGGCUGUGUGGGUGGCCGCUCCACGUGACCUGCGGUAUAUGUAGCGGAACGUUCAGACUGACAGCAGCAGCAGCAGCAGUAGAAGCCAGGAAGCCUCCCGGACCAGCAUCUCUAGAAGACCCUCGGAAUCGACUUGGGGAGAGAACAGGCGGGAAGAGGCAAUAUCAAGCAGGUUCAGCAUUUGGCGGAACAGCAUCUUCAGAACCAAUUGCCACUCGCCAACUUCCGACAAAAGCAAUAAUGAUCAGGACACUGUUAUUCGCGACCUUGGCAGCCUGGACCGUCAACCUUGUCCACGGGCAAGCACGGCCUCCGCCAACGAUAACAUCGAAGCCAGUACAACCGCCCUCCAACGACGCGGAUUGGUUGGAUAUCGACGCCCUCUUCUACUCGGUGGUCCCACCAGUGGACGGGGACGACGAUGGAACGAUGGAGUAUCCUCCGACCGACUGCUACGCGAACUGGUGCUUUCCUGCGGGCAUGUUCGUUGAUAUGGUUGUAAACCACUGCAACUCGACUUUGACAAAUAUACAACCGAACAAGCUUCCGCAAACCGCGCAAGAGUUGGAAGCGAUUGUAGGGGAAUGCAUAUGUGGGAUUGGAGGUCCGACCGCCGGGAAAUCUGCCCCUUCGAAGGACGUGUUUCUGGGCAUUGCGCAAAUGUGGAAGACUUGCGCGUCGUGUCUGAACGGAAGCACGGGCGUGAACGAUCCAAACCAUGCGUCGAUUCUCUCGCCGUCAAAGUUCGCGCGGGCAUGCGCAUGCGUUGAGCCAGGACCGGUGCAAGCCUUGAUCAAUAUGCAGGACCCGACCUGGGAAUGCCCAAAGAUCGAUCAAGAUCGGUUGAGGAGUGCGAGGCGGGCGGGUUCUGGUUUGCCUGUGCGGAGACCGACGGUCUCGACAAGCUCUGCGGCUCCGGGCCCCACGACGCCCUCUGCAGCGCCAUCUGUAGCGCCGGCACAAGCAAGCGUAGGGCGUGCUCCCGCCAACGCAACUCCAGCUCCAGCUCAACCUGCCGCGAACCCCGCUCCCGGCAACGCAGUUCCAGUCGCACCAGCACCUAACCCAGCACAAGCUCCUGCGCCAACUCCAGCGCAAGGUGUAGCAGCGCCAGGGCAGACCGAGCGAGCCGCAGCCGCCAGUUUUGAGGGCUUUUCUGGCGCGGCGUUCUCACCGUUCGGAGCUGGCCGUAAUCCAUAGAUUCUUUCUACGAAGU